CGGCUGCGCACCAUCGAUGUUGAGGGAGUUCCCACCGACUGGGGCUUCGCAGUCCGAACGCUACCAAACUGGAGCGAAGGCGACGGGAGAACAGGCCUCGGAAAACCAUGGCUGCUGCUAAGGGAAUGGCCAUCGGCAUCGACCUGGGCACCACCUACUCAUGCGUGGGCGUGUUCCAGCACGGCAAGGUGGAGAUCAUCGCCAACGACCAGGGCAACCGCACCACCCCCAGCUACGUGGCCUUCACCGACACCGAGCGGCUCAUCGGGGACGCGGCCAAGAACCAGGUAGCCAUGAAUCCUCAGAACACUGUCUUUGAUGCUAAACGCCUGAUUGGCAGAAAAUUUAAUGAUCCUGUAGUACAAUCAGAUAUGAAACUCUGGCCUUUUCAAGUAAUCAGUGAAGGAAGCAAGCCCAAAGUAUUGGUAUCCUACAAAGGGGAGAAAAAGGCUUUCUACCCUGAAGAAAUCUCCUCUAUGGUGCUGACUAAGAUGAAGGAGACUGCUGAGGCUUUUUUGGGCCAUUCCAUCACCAACGCUGUGAUCACUGUGCCAGCCUAUUUCAAUGACUCUCAACGCCAGGCCACCAAGGAUGCAGGCGUGAUUGCAGGUCUCAAUGUGCUAAGAAUUAUCAAUGAACCAACAGCUGCUGCCAUUGCCUACGGCUUAGAUAAAGCAGGUCAGGGUGAGCGACAGGUCCUGAUCUUUGACCUGGGUGGAGGCACAUUUGAUGUGUCCAUCCUGACCAUAGAUGAUGGGAUUUUUGAGGUGAAGGCCACGGCCGGGGACACCCACCUGGGAGGGGAGGACUUCGACAACAGGCUGGUGAACCACUUCGUGGAGGAGUUCAAGCGCAAGCACAAGAAGGACAUCAGCCAGAACAAGCGAGCCGUGAGGCGGCUGCGCACCGCCUGCGAGAGGGCCAAGAGGACCCUGUCGUCCAGCACGCAGGCCAACUUGGAAAUUGAUUCACUUUACGAAGGCAUCGACUUCUACACGUCCAUCACUAGAGCCCGGUUUGAAGAGCUGUGUGCAGACCUCUUCAGGGGCACGCUGGAGCCGGUGGAGAAGGCCCUGCGUGACGCCAAGAUAGACAAGGCGAAAAUCCAUGACAUUGUUUCUGUCCUGGGCCUGGAGACAGCCGGGGGCGUGAUGACGGUCCUGAUCAAGCGCAACUCCACCAUCCCCACCAAGCAGACGCAGAUCUUCACCACCUACUCGGACAACCAGCCGGGGGUGCUGAUCCAGGUGUUCGAGGGCGAGAGGGCCAUGACGAGGGACAACAACCUGCUGGGGCGCUUUGACCUGACUGGCAUCCCUCCUGCACCCAGGGGAGUUCCUCAGAUCGAAGUGACUUUUGACAUCGACGCCAAUGGCAUCCUUAAUGUAACAGCCACGGACAAGAGCACCGGCAAGGCCAACAAGAUCACCAUCACCAAUGACAAGGGCCGCCUGAGCAAGGAGGACAUCGAGCGCAUGGUUCUGGAUGCUGAGAAAUAUAAAGCUGAAGAUGAGAUCCAGAGAGAGAAAAUUGCUGCAAAAAAUGCCUUAGAAUCCUAUGCUUUUAACAUGAAGAGUGCUGUGAGUGAUGAAGGCUUGAAGGGUAAGAUUAGUGAGUCUGAUAAAAAGAAAAUUCUGGAUAAAUGCACCGAGGUUCUUUCGUGGCUGGAGGCUAAUCAACUGGCCGACAAAGAUGAGUUUGAUCAUAAGAGAAAGGAACUGGAGCAAGUGUGUAACCCAGUCAUUACAAAACUUUAUCAGGAGGGAUGCACUGGGCCUACCUGUGGAACUGGGUACGCACCUGGGAGGGCUGCCACAGGCCCCACCAUUGAAGAAGUAGAUUAACCUUAUCUGGAGCUGGAGGGUCCUAGGAUGAAUUUGUUCCCUUCAUCUUCAAGCAUUGUUAUGACUUUUGAAUUGACUGGACCUGAACCUAAGUUACCAUCGUUUUGGAAUCCUAAUGGAGGAGUCUCAUGUGCCAUCUUUCCACACUCCAGUGUCCUGUUUGUGACUCUGGAAUCAGACUCUUAGGAAAACUAGGCCCUUCUCCGAACCAUGUGAUGAAUCUGUUAAUUAGUUCCAGUCUCACCAACUUUCUUCCUGUGUGGAUGGUUAUUUGUCACUCAGUAAAUCUGUUCCUGAAACAAAUUUCUUCUGGUAUCAUUAGACUGUGAGUGUAAUGAAAAGAAAAGGAAAGUUCAUGGAGAGAGCA